GGCGCGGAGGCACAGAGGCGGGACCGCGCGGCCCCGCAGAAAACACAGCAGCCCGCCCGCGCAAGCUAAAGAUGGAACGAGCAGGGAGAGGAGGUGGAGGAGGCAGGAAUGCAGGAGGGGGCUCCGGCGUCAGCAGAAGCGGCCUCUACGCCCGGGCCCAGCAGUCCGUGUGUCCACACUACCCCCCACCCGCCGGCACUGCCGUCUGCCAGACCGGGGCCGCCGUGGAGAUCCAGGAGCUGGCCUCCAAGCGGGUGGACAUCCAGCGGAAGAGAUUCUACCUGGAUGUCAAGCAGAGUCCCCGCGGCAGGUUCCUGAAGAUCGCAGAGGUCUGGAUAGGGCGGGGCCGGCAGGACAACAUCCGCAAGAGCAAGCUGACCCUCUCGCUGUCUGUGGCGGCGGAGCUGAAGGAGUGCCUGGGAGACUUCAUUGAGCACUACGCCCACCUGGGCCUGAAAGCCCACCGGCUGGAGCAGGGCCACGCCGGAGACCACGAUGCCCGGAGGCGCCCGCGGUCCUCCGCCCCGUCCCCCCCGGCCUCUGUGGUGUCGGAGGAGCACCCGCACAGCGUGCUCAAGACCGACUGCAUCGAAAGAGAUCACCGGAAGUACUUUCUGGACCUGAAGGAAAACCAGCGGGGCCGUUUCCUCCGGAUCAGGCAGACUCUGACCCGGGGCCCCGGAGGGAUGGGUUACUUUGGGCACACGUUGGGCCAAGAACAGACGAUCGUCCUCCCGGCCCAGGGAAUGAUUGAGUUCAGGGAUGCCUUGGUGCAGCUCAUCGAAGACUACGGUGAGGGCGACCUGGAGGAACAGCAGAGGGGAGGGGAGGAGGAGCCGCUGGAACUCCCCGAGGGCACGUCUUUCAGGGUGGACAACAAGAGGUUCUACUUUGAUGUGGGCUCCAACCGCUACGGCGUUUUCCUGAAGGUAAGUGAGGUGAGACCCCCUUACCGUAACACCGUUACUGUUCCGUACAAAGCGUGGACACGGUUUGGGGAGAAUUUUAUCAAGUACGAAGAGGAGAUGAGGAGGAUCUGCGGCAGCCAUAAAGAGCAGAGAAUGGAUGUCAGAAGGGACAGUGGCGAAGAGCAAGAAGGCCUCGACUAGAGGACCAGCGGACUGUCUGUCUGUCCUCCGUCUGUCGUGAUCUGGAGAAGCGUUCCUUCCGUUGGGGUCCCCCCUUGCCCAUUACACGUCCUGUCCUUCCGCUUUCAGGAAUCUGGUUGUCCUAGUAACACUGCGUAGAACCCGGUAGAAGCCCCCCAGGGAGGUCAUGGGGGCAUUCCGGCCUUCCUAAAGCUCUGAGCACUCAAGACUCUUGCCCCAGGCAGGUCAGCACAGUGGUGACGGUCUGACCUUUAGAUUAGAGAGGCUUACGUUGAUUGCACUAUUACCCAAACCCAAGAAGACCCUUGAGCCUGCUGUGGAAGGCUGGGCUUUCUACCUGACAGGUUUCCCAAAAGGAGAAUUUAGAAAAAAGCUGCUAGGUGAAAUUGUAGGGAAUCUGCCACCAGAAUAAAACUGGACUGUCCGUAGUCUGCAUCGAUGCUUACAAGCAAACGUAGAAAUCCUGAAACGUUGCAUUGGCUACUGAGGCUGAAAUGCUCGUCCUGCACAAGGGUAGAAAGCUUGUGAGCCACCCAGCUCUUUAGGAAGCUUGUUGGCAUACAGUUGGAUGAGUUAGAAGGCCAGAGGAUUCUGUGAUAGCGUCCUGGGUUCACCGUGCCCUUGACCUGCACCACCACAGAGCCCCGAGGGAGGGGGAGAGUGUGGUCCCCAGCUGGUGGAGAUCGAUGUCUUCGGAGUGUGCCCUUCUCUGGGGACCGUGGAAGAUGAGGUGGAUGUUUUUAAUGGUUUUCCAAAUUUCAAAAACUAUUUUUAUGUCCCUGUUGGGGCUAGGGUGAUACUCUACCUCGUGGCUUUGUGGUGGGUAUGUAGGCACUGAGCGUUUUCUGCUGACCCCCUGGGGGGGUAAGGCUUUUUUUCUCAGAUGGUAGCUCGCUGAUGGUUUCAGAGUAGCCAAUGAAAGCAUCCUUUUUAGGCUUCUCCUUGGAAAGAGUAGUUAAGGGUUGGGCGAACCGCUUAGCAGCUAGAUGCAGAAAUCCAUCCGUGAUAACGGACUCCAGUAGCACCUUUGUGAUUCAGCUGAUGAGGCAGUCUCAACACUUCCAACAGAAACGUGUCAUGUACAGGCUGGCUACGUCCAGACAAAGGGUUUCCCCAGACUGUGCCACGGUGAGAGAAUUAUUUAAUUAUUUGAAGCUUGGUUGUAGGCACACUGCAGAGCAAAAAUUAAGGUGCUUUUUGUAACCCUUUAAAAGGUUUUCUUUAUGGAAGAUCUACCCUUUUAUCGAUUUUUAACAUUAAUUUCGAGAAAGCCCCAGCAAUUUUUCAUCGCCUAAUUGGUUUUUUCCAACAUGUGAGCACAUGGUACAUGUGUGCCUCAACCAACUUUCUUUUAAUUGAAUGAAAUUUCAUCUCUCCAGCUGCGUGUUCUUGUGAGUGAAAUGAUUGGCCUUCUCUUUGGCUUUACUCUGCCGCCACAUCAUCUGUCUAAAAGCCAAACACUGAUUUCAAUCCCCAGAAUCAGCUCUCCCUGGUCUCUGUGAGAGCCGGUUGCUAGGAUUGAAGACAGGACGUGGCCUUUAGCAGACGUGGUUUUUAAAACUCUGAAAUAUUUUAACAAAGAAAGUUUUGCACUAAAGUUGCCCCAGAAUACCCUUCAGUAAGUGUGAUCAGAAAUUAUCACGGUUCUGAUGGAAGCAGGAGAAUCAAGAGGGCGACGGCUCUUUUCGGUGACCCGGCCGUGCUUUGGGGCGCUGGGGCUCGGGGACAGUACAGUCUGUUGCGAAGGGACCUUCGGGAGCUCGGUGCGUGUCGCUGGACCGUCGGGAUCUCUUUGAAGCUGCUGACGAUUAGAAGGGAACAGUAGCGCCUUGAGCUCCGGUAUCCACGGUGGCGGUCAAGGCACCACAGGGAGCGAGGCCUUUUUCAAGAAGCCGCAGAUGUGAGUAGAAAGAUCGCGUGGCUUUGCCUAAAGUCCAGCGCUGUACGCUUGGACCCCUGGCUACGCGAGGCACCAGGCGGCCGGGACGACUGCCUUGUCAGAUUGCAGCCCCCACCAGCGGCCCGACCUGGUGGGCGAUCCGGCCUAACGCUGUCUGUCUCAGUGUUCCAGUCUAAAGCGUGUGGCGUCAGUCGAUAGGCAGGACUUCCCUGAGACAGAGGAAGUCUGUGUGCAUCAAUGCAAAUGCCUGUACUCAGUGUUCGGGCUGGUGUCAUUUUGCACCAGGUUUUUCAUUAGGGUAAUUAUAUAAUGGAUUAGUUGAGCAAAUAACAUUCCAGCACGGAUACAUCCUAUACAAGGAGAAAAGUCAUCUGAGAGCUUUCAGUUGGACUGAUGAGUUUCAACUGUCAUGAUCUAGUUAUAGCCAACCUACUGAAUAGUUUGUAAACUAAAUAAUAUGUGUAACUAUUUAAUCCCCUUAUUUCUUUUUCCCGUAAUUUAUAUUUCUUUGAAAAAUGAAGGGAAAUGGUCUUUUUAUAAGAAACGUACCCGGGAAGUCACUAGCCAUAGGCUGAUAAAAUUCAACUCAGAAUUGCAAUGCCAAGGCACCUGCCUAUUGCCAGGUGUCUCCUAAAAUGGGCUAUUACGUUGGCGUGUUGUCACUUCUCAUUUUGACGUGGAGUUGUACAAAGAAGGGGAACCCCUGCCUUGAAGACACUCAGUGCUGAAGGUGCCUGGGUUUCCGAGGGCACAAAUGCGCAUUUCUGUUUGGAACCUGCUGCAUUUGCUCUUUUUCAAAACCAAAACCACUUGUUCUCUGUGCAGUCUGAAAGCACUUGAUAUUUGCACAUUGGAAUCCAAGGAGAAAAAAUCCAAAUGUAAGAGCGUGAGCUUAUAGGGUUAGAUUUGAAAACGGUUCCUCCACACCUCUGGCGUGGCAGCAGCGUUGCCAUAUCCUGGGGGCCUCAACUGCAGCUGUGUUUGCAAAUCGUUUUCAUUGUUUAAACCCCAAUAAUGUCUAUGUCCCUUAAACUUGAGUGAAACACAAGCAUAUUUGCACUAAAGAACGUGGCCAAAAAAUGAAAUCCAAGCUAGGACAGGGUGGACACGAGUAGUUGAACCUCUUGAAAUAAUUGGUUCUUUGGGAAAAUGUCACAUUCAAGCCCCACCUCUAUUUUACACCUGUGUGGUCCAGGCAGAAGCGUCAGUCUGCCCUUUCACUGAUUUAGCGAUUUAAUAAUGAUGAUGCACUUUACCUUUUGUAUAUAACGUGUACGUUGCUGCUGCCUGAUGGAUGGAAUGUGCUUUGGUAGAACUAUCUAGGCGGUAUCUAUGCUGAGUGUUCUUCUGCAUGUCGAUGUUUUCUUAGCACUGUUGUAACCACUUGCGCCCGGUGAAUCGGUGUCUUAGAGAAGGUCAGAAACAAAAGGAAAUGACAAACAAAUCUCAAAACUAUUUAUACUGAAUUUUAAAGUAGGUGUAAUAUCUGUAUUCCUAAAGGCUCAGAACCAAUAAAACCAGACUCUUACUUGGUUUAGUAUCAUAGCCUUGCUCAUUAAGGAUUCUCCCACUUACUUUUGGUGGAUUUCUCUAGCGUUGAUGGUCAUUCCAAGUCAGAUCGUCCUUCUUUCCCCUUCUGGUGAAAAGGCAAAGUCUCUGACGGUGUUCCUAUUGAUUGUAUCUGGAGGGGAUUGCCGCCGGAAAGAUACGCUGUGCUGUAUUAGAACCUUAAGGUUUGUCGGUGAAGUCAGAAAAUAG